AUGCUGAAAACGCUAAAUUUGCUUCAACAGCAAAUGGCCCAGCAACAGCAGAUCCUGAAUGAGUUUUUGCAGCAACGCCUUCUAAGUCACGGCGCUGCAACAACCAGUUUUAGUCAUGAACAAAUAAUUGAUUCCUUGUCUCGAAAUAUUUCAAAGUUCCGGUUCGAUACGGACACGGGAAUCACGUUCAAAAACUGGUACUCACGCUACGUAGACUUGUUCCAGAAAGAUGCUGCUAGGAUCGACGACGCUGCGAAAGUCCGGUUAUUGCUGCGGAAACUGGGAGCUGCCGAGCAUGACCGUUAUUUGAGCUUCAUCCUGCCAAGCCGCCCGUCCGAUUUUUCGCUCGAGCAAACGGUGGAAAAGCCGUCAACCCUCUACGACUACCAGGAAUCGCUGCUGAGUAAGCGAUUCAGAUGCCUGCAGUUAGUUAAGAAGCGGAACGAAGACCAUCUAAGUUAUGCCUGUCGAAUCAACAAGGCGGCCGUUGAAUUCGAGCUCGGCAAGCUCAACGAGGAGGACUUCAAAUGCUUGCUAUUCGUCUGUGGUAUGAAGGACGAGACUGAUACAAACAUACGAACGCGCUUGCUGGCGAAAAUAGAGGACCAUAGCAUGACGUUGCAACAGCUAGCCGCCGAAUGCAGUAGAUUGGGCAAUUUAAAAAAAGACAGUGCGAUGAUCGAGACACCGGGAAAUGAUCGAGUUUUGGCAGUGAACCUGAAAACGCCCUACCCUCAGAAAAAGUUUCAUUAUGCCUCAAAAUCGAAUCCUAGCAAACCAUGUUGGCUCUGCGGAGGUACACACUGGGUGCGUGACUGCAGGUAUCAAGCGCACCAGUGUACGAUCUGUUCCAGAACGGGACACAAAGAGGGUUUCUGCAAGACAGCAAAUCGCCAGAAAUAUAAUAAGCCGAAAUAUAAAAAGCAAGGCAAAACGCAGACCAGAGUGGUUACGGUGAACGUGCAUAGUGUUCAGCAACGUCGCAGAUAUAUCACUAUUGCGAUGAAUGGCACGCCCGUCCGUCUGCAGCUUGAUACGGCAUCUGACAUCACAGUCAUUGAUCGUGAAGCCUGGAAAAAGAUUGGCAGUCCGACAUUAUCACCACCAGCAGUGGUUGCACGAUCAGCUUCUGGCACGAAUUUGGCACUAGACGGGGAAUUUGUAUGCAAGGCCAGUAUAAUUUCUGCUGCCAAGUACGAGGUACUAAAUUCACGUCGCAAAGAACGUGGCAAGAACGUUUUCCUAGAGUUUUCCAAGGAACCGGACUUUGUAAGAAAGGAAACGUCUCUUUUGCUAUAA